AGCUUCGACCACAUCUUGGUCGGCCAUUGGCCUUCUAGCCUCUGUUAGGACCACGACCAACAAACUCGGAUCUGCUUCUGGGAUGUGACACUGUUUCAAUCUUGAUUGUGUUUCUUUCGCAGAACUUUUUAGUUACUCAUAAGCUUGACCACCGGCGAGAGGAAGUACUAACAUGGUGCUCCAAGCCCCGGUCGUUCUGAUCACCGGCGCGGCCGGCUUCGUGGGGUACCACACCAUGAAACUUGCUAUCGAGAACCACUAUAAGGUGGUCGGUUUGGACUCUUUCAACUCCUACUACGACGUGGACCUGAAAAAAGCCCGUAUCAAAGUGAAAAAUCCCCAUAUUAAAACGGAAAUUUGUGAUGCUGAUUUGUGACCACAAAUCAGCUUUGUCAUGCUAGAAGGGAAAUAAAGAUGCGGACUCUAGUGCUGGGUGGCGUGGGAAAGCCUUGCAUCUUCAGCAUGACCGGAGGCAGCUGGAAGUGGGAAACAGCAUGACAAAUUGCCUGCAAGCGAGUCCACGACUGCGGCCCUUGGCCUUCCGGCAAUGCAAGUCGAUUUGUGUACUGAAUGAAAUACAGCAUCACAAAUUUCGUUUUCCGUAUGGGGUGGAGGCUUUUUUCACUUUGAUAGCCCGGGUGAGCGCGCUGCAGCGGCAGCUGGACCACAUCGAGGGAAAGCGGAAGAGCAAGGAGAAAGAGCCAGAAGCGAUCAACGCAGCGAAAGCGGCCGCGAAACAGGCGGGGAAAAACAUUCGCCACCGGGGCAAGCGGAUUAGCGAGCAGAAGCCGGGCACGGAGGUUUUGAAUAAAACGUUUCACCUGACCAAGACGUUCCCGCUGUACGAUGGGGAUGUGUGCGACCGGAAAUUUUUGAAGGACAUCUUCCAGGCCUUCAACGUGACGCACGUUUUGCACCUGGCUGCGCAAUAUGCAUUGCAAAGGGAAGAUUGUAGUUGUACUAGUACAAGUUCCAUGACCACAAGUUUUCCCAGAAGGAAAAGUCGAAACUUCUCAUGGAGAAUUAGGUACAGAAUCAGAAACAGAACAAGCUUAUUUGUCAUGCGGAACUGCAAUUUCUCCGAGUGCAAUCGAUCCUUUUGCAAUGCAUACGGAGGCGGGGGUGAGGUACAGUUUGGAGGCACCGCAGGAAUACGUGCGGAACAAUGUGGAGUGUUUUGUGGACUAUCAAAUGCAAAUAUGUCUGGGUCUGGAAGAGUACAAACUUGUGAUGCAAACUCUGGAACACACAAAAAUUUGCGUUGCAUGAGCGCCAAAAGCUGUCCACUUCUUGGCACGCAAGUAGGAAGUUUCUCAUGCGGGACAGGCAUCAUGAGGCGUGCUCAAAACCUGUGAUGCUUUUGCCUGCAUCAGACGCCAUUUGCGUGACCCGGGAUAUGCAUGACAAAUCUCGCAAUCAUCUUCCAGACCCAGAGAUUUUCACAUUUGAUAUGGACUUGCUGGAGGCGAUUCGGGAGGAGAACAAGCGGAGAGAGCCACGCAUGAUCGUGAACAAGAAGGAAAAAAUGUCGAAGAGGACUGGGGAACUUAAACGGGUGGAAGAGGAGUGGGAGGAGGAGGAGCGGCAUUUGCAGGAAAUCCUCUUGGUCUACGCCUCUUCUUCUUCGGUCUACGGGAAAAACACGAAGGUCCCGUUUGCCGAGUCCGACCCGGUGGACAGCCCGGCGUCGCUCUACGCGACGACGAAGCGGAUGAAUGAACUGACCGCGAAAACCUACGCGAAUUUGUACGAGAUCCAGUCCGUCGGCCUGCGGUUUUUCACCGUGUACGGCACCUAUGGGCGGCCGGACAUGGCGUACUUUGACUUCGUAUCAAAUGCAAAAGUGUCUGGGUCUGGAAGGUUGCAACUUGUGAUGCUGUCUCUGGAAGGUAAAAAAAAAUCUGUAUUGCCUGACCAGCAAGACGAGUUCAGUUUGUGCUACUCGGAGUGGGCGUUUCUCAUGCGGAAUACGCAUCAGAAGGCUCUUUAAAAAUCUGUGAUGCUAGGUCACGCAUUACAGGCAUCGCGGGUUAUGCAAAAUAUGCACGACAAACAUGGCAAUCUUCCAGACCCAGACAUUUUUGCAGUUGGUACUUCGUGGACAAAAUUUUGAACCCGAAAAUGAAGAAAAACCCGAUCCAGAUUUUUCACAAGGGGAAAGCGAGCCGCGACUUCACCUACGUCGAUGACAUUGUCGACGGGAUUUACCGGAGUUUGGAGUACAUCACGCGGAAGUCGGAAAACUGGUGCGGGCCCUUGCCCACGCCGAUGUUUGAAAACAUGAGAAUCCCGCCCGAGGACGAGCACGUGCAAUACUGUACAACCGACCCGGAGUAUCACGAGAAAAAAGUGUUACAGUUACAUAUUUGUUGGAGUUUGUGCAUCACAAAUUUUCUCUGUGUGGCAGAGAGAACUUGUAAUGCGAAGAUCAUAAGGGGAAACAGGAAGGAAACGAGGCUCCCAAGCAUUUCCUGCAUGAAAAAGGUUGUCUCUGUUGCCGGUCUUGCAACACAAUGUGUAACUGUAGCGCUUUUUUCCUGUGAUACGGAGGUCGUGCAGGAGGUGUUCAAUCUCGGGAAUUCCGAUCCGAUGUCUUUGAUGGAUUUCGUGAAAACGAUCGAGGCGGCGGUGUUCGCCAGCAACGGCACCACUGUGAACAACACCAACGUGAUAUCUUGCGUAAGAAUGUCCCCACCCCAUAGUUUCUCUGUGCCUUAUUUUGGUCUCAUCCAGUACAUAAACUUAAACACCCCGUAGCCAAAUUGGGGAGUCUGCUAGACAAAUCAACACACUAUGGCUGUUGCGCAUGACAAGUUGAGCCUCGUAGUGUAAUCCUGUUCAGCUAGUUCAGCAGCAUCACAGAGCUAGCGCGGCAUGCUGAUUGGAACAUCACAAAUUCCGAAACACAAGUAGAAAAUGCUCGGCAUGGGGCUCCGCAUGAGAAACAUUCUCAGCAGCAUGCGCAUUUGCAUUACAACUACCAGCCAUGCCCCGGCUGACGCCGGGGCGAGCGGCUGUUGUGGCGGGGCAGGACUAUUUGCGGACCGGGCCACAGCGCCAUGCCUUUGCGCGCGACGUGAUAGGUCGAGGGAAAUACUGGCGCGGGUUGCGCCAUCUCAGCCCGCUGGGCCUCCUGCGCGCUUCCCGCGCCUUCCGGCGCUAUGCGCAGGGAGCAGCUGCAGCGAAGCUUGGGGGCGAAGCGAAACCGCCUCGGCGUAGGUGCCUACCGAAGCAGAACGGGGGCCGCGCUGUUCUUUUUUGAUCACGCGCGGGAGGUUGACGCGGGAGGGUGCGCGAGAGGGUGCGCGAGGUGAUGGCGCGAGAGGGUGUGGGCCUGCACGAUGACAAAGCCCCAGGAAAAUCGGCCGCGUGCCGGGCGGAUUCGGGUUUUUUGGGCCCUCUCGCGGCCCCUCUUUUUGACCUCUCUCGGAGGUCCCCGCUAAUAGUCGGGCUAUACUCGCGGGCAGAGGGCUACAGAGGUGGCCGGGAGGUCGCCGAGAGGGUGCGCAAGAGGUCCCGCCUUAUUCGCGCAACCUCUCGGCACCUCUGCCCACCUCUCGCUUGCCCUCCUUUCCACCUCUCUGCACCCUCCGAGGCGCUUCAGCGGCGCUAAAGAGUGGACCCUUCGGCGGGCUAUACUCGCGCCACCUCUCGGUCUCCCUCUCGAAAGACCCCCCGCGCCACCUCUUCACCUCGGUCGACCUCUUUUUUACCUCUGUCGGCCUCUUUUUGACCUCUCGGCCACCUCUCUUUUAUCCUCUGUAGACCUCUACUUUCGCAUGAAUAUAAUAGAUAGUAAUGGGUGGGGACGUUGUCGCACAUGAUACGUGAUCGGCGCGCCGGGCGUCGGCGACGGGGAGUACGAGCAGGAACUGCAGGCGCUGCAGGACUAUCAAAUGCAAAAAUGUCAUCUGGGUCUCCUGGAAGAAUGCAACUUGUGAUGCUAACUUUGGACUCUAAAAAAAAACUGUGUUGCAUGAUUAGCAAGAGGAGUCUAGUUUGUGCGACGCGGGGAGGGCAUUUGUCAUGCAGAAAUGGCAUCGCGAAGCCUUCUAUGAUAAAAUCUCUGACCACGCUAGGUCAUGCAUUACAGACAUCCUGGGUCAUGCAAAAUAUGCAUGACAAACCCGGCAACAUUCCAGACCCAGACAUUUUUGCAUUUGACACGGACGAGCUGCAGGCGAUGCUGGAUGCGGACGAGGCUGAGGAGCGGCAGGUAGGCCCGAUCAUGCGCAACGGGCGGCCGUACUACCCGAGCGUGGCGCAGCAGGAGAAGAAGGAGCAACGGCGCAAGGCGGAGAUGGAGCUGCAACAAUCGAAAAUCAAGGCGAAAAAGAAUAUCAAAUGCAAAUAUGUCUGGGUCUGGAAAAAUGCCAGGUUUGUCAUGCAUAUUUUCCAUGACCCAUGAUGUCUGUGAUGCAUGGCCCUAGAAUCUCAGAUUUUUAGAGGGCUUCCUGAUGCGUAUUCCGCAUGAGACAUGCCCUUUCCGCGUAAGUAACACAAAGCGGACUUCUCUUGCGGGUCAUGCAAUACAGAUUUUUUUCGACUCCAGAGACAGCAUGACAAGUUUUAAUCUUCCAGACCCAGACAUGUUUGCAAUGCAUAAAGAAGGAGUACAAGCAAUCGCUGGAGAAGCGGGAGAAGAUCUUAUGAAUUCUGGCAAAGCAUCGUACGAAUUCUUGCACUUUUGUGUGCAAUACAGACAUAUUUCCUUUUUCUAAUUCAGCAUAGCAACAAGUUGCAUUUUUUUUUUCAUCUUCCCGGAAAAAAAUUGUCAUGCAAUUGCUGCUAGAAAGUUGUACGAUGCUUUUGUAAUCGAUAGAUCUACGCCAAGUACAAUUACACGGGGAAAUAUGCAAGAAAAAAACUGUGUAAGUGUAAAUCUGUAAUGCAAAACACGCAACAGAGUUACACCUGUCAUGCCAGACAGCCAUGAAGUUCUCUUUUCCUGUGUGUUUUCCCUUACAAGCCACGCAUGACAGGUUUUCUCUGUCAUGCAGAGCAAAUUUGUGAUGCUGUUCCUCAAAGAAAGUUACACUUACACACUUUUUUUCCUGGAUAGGAAACUGAACUUGAAGUUCGCGAUAUCCAGUGCAAAAGCGUCCAAAUCCCCCCCAGACUCGUCGUGCAACUCUGGUGCAAGAAGCCUGCAAUGUUUCUCAUGCGCAGGGUGAUAAAGAGCACUUUAACUACUUUUUCUUGCCAUCUGGCGGUUUGUCAGCAUGCUGGAGUCAGGAUAAGAAGGCCGAUUUGUGAUGCAGCGGCACAACUACCUAAACAGGACAAAACGCUACGAGCCCAAGCUUGUCAUGCGAAACAGACAAGACCUGUCGGUUUGUGUAGCAGAAUCGCCAUCUUAACGUUGGUUUUGGGAUGUUUUUACACACGAUACGUGAAGAAAACCGCUGCGAAGGGCGACGUGCUGCAAACCUACGCGGAUUUGUAUCAAAACGAAAAAUCCCCCCUUUCCAUACCGAAAGGGAAAUCUGUGAUGCGGGAUUUGUGUACACAAAUCGAGUUGUAUUGCUAGAAAGCGAAGUAGAGUAGACGGAGUUGCGGCCUCGCUUGCAGGUAAUCGUAAUCUGUCAUGCUGUUUCUGCUUCCAGUUGCCUCCUGUCAUGCCGAAGACGCAAGGCCUUCCAACGCCAGCCAGUACUACAUUCCGCAUCUCUACUUCCCUUCUAGCAUGGCAACGUGGUAACAAAUCAGCUUCAGCAUCAAUUUUGAUAUGGGGAGGGGUGAUUUUUCAUUUUCAUAAUUUGAAAAAAUCGAAGAAGUUGCUCGGGUACCAGCCCCGGACGCCCCUGUCGUUCGGGUUGCGGGUGUUUGUGGAGUGGUACAAGAAGGUGUGGAUGCCGAUGCUGGAGAAAAAGGAGAAAGCUUAUGCAUUGCAAAUAUGUCUGGGUCUGGAAGGAUGCGAACUUGUGAUGCGCAUUUCACAACACAGACAAAUCUCUCAUGCAUAGGCAGCAAAAGGCGCCCAUUUCCUGUCACCAACGUGGGGGAUUUGUCAUGCGGAUUAAGCAAUGCGGAAGCUUCUCGAAAUCUGUGAUGCUAGGGCUUCCAUGACAGAGAUUUUGCGCCAUGCAAAAACAGCAUGACGAACAUCUGCAUUCUUCCAGACCCAGACAUUUUUGCAUUUGAUAAAGCUGCGGAGGAAGCAAAAUUGCUGGCAGGAGGAGAAGAACUACGGGCUGAGAACAUCAAGUCUGAUAUAACAGCAACAUCUACUUCAUCUUCGGGCGGCAAGAACGCCAGCAAUGCGAAGAACUCGGCGGCGGCCAAGAAAACCGACGAUGGGGACAAGAACGGAAAAGGAACGGAGAAAAAAGGGACGAAAAAUAACGACAAGGAGGACGGGGUGAAAACUAGUGACAAGGGGACGAAGAGCAGCAAGAAGAAAGUAACCGAGGAUAUGAAGCAGAAGCCGGCUGGGGGCGGAAAGAAGAAGCAGGACGGGAAAAAGGCGAGAAAGGAGGUGCCGGUCGAGGAAACAAUUGAAAUCGAAGAUGCGGAAGUAGACGAUGAUGAUGACUCCGAAGAUUCGGAUUUGUGAGGGGAAGUCGAGAUGUGAUGGGCUGAGCGGGCAUGGUGUGCGUUUGGUUUUAACCUUUAGGUGAUACAUCAAAGUUUAUUUUUUGUUGGUAGCGAAAUACAGGAUACUAAUUUUUCAUGAACGUUUUUGCGAGGAAAGUUCUACUGUUCGUACAACUCACGAAGAGGUGAUGGCGCAGCUACUCCGCUUUAUAUCGAGACCACAUGGGACCCAAAGGAUUGGCCCGGUUGUUACAAGUGCCACUGUUGGCACAGAAAGUUGUUUACUUUUGCGAAAAUUGCACUUGGACUAAUGAAUCUCGACAUUGGCCACGAAGAACUACCCGGGGCGGAGAGAGCAACGCCGACGCUGUAUCCCGGGAUGGCGUGUCCCGGGGCUAUCGCAAUCCACGGCGGGCUGCGCGGGGGCAGGGGAAACGCGCGGUGCCCUGCGGCGCCGCCUUAGAGGGCGAUCGCCC